AUGCGUCGAGCGAUAGCAUGCGUCCGAUGCCGGAUGAUGAAACGAAAAUGUACGACCAUCACCGUGGACGGCUGCAUUCAAUGUGUGCGGCAUAGUCAGCCUUGCUCCCUAUCCUCUCGAAAGGCUGGCUGCAAUCCAGGAGGCCGACUCGCUCCAGCAAGACCAUCCUCUGUAUUUCGCAUUCAUUUCACUGCGGAUGGCACCACUGUGGCUCUGACCGAUGCCGUCGCAAUGAAUCUGGUCGGGAAUUAUCUUCAUUUGAUUCACGACCGACCGCAUAGCUUGUUCCAUAUUGCCACACUCUGGCACGACAUUCGAGAGGAGACUAUCUCGAACCAUUUGCUUUACAGUAUUUGCAGUCUUGGGAGUAGCUUGAGCAAAGAUCCUGAGCUUCAUGCUCUGAACAAGCCGUUGAGUUUGGAGGCCAAACGGCUGUUGCAAGCUGAUCUGGAGAACGUGACUUUGGAAAAUAUCCAGACUCUGAUCUUACUGGCCAACAUCUGCGCUGCCGAGUUGUCGCCUUCUUCGGAAACGCUUUACUUUGGUAUCGCGAAUCGCAUGGCGCAUAUAUUGAAACUGCACGAGCCUAACGCCACGGACGAUGUCGUCACGAGGGAGACAAAGACUAGAGUGUGGUGGACUCUUUUCAUGGCAGAUUACUGGUGUAGUGCAGGCCUUGGCCUUCCGCGUCAACUCUACAACAUAAGCAGAGCCAUUGAGCUUCCCAUCGAUGAAGCUGCUUUCCAAGCCGCUCGGCCACACGAUACAGCGAUAGAAGCGUCGUCAGGCCUCUGGGCAUACAUGCUUACGCUGGUCGAGAUUUUCCCGCUUGUCCAGGACUUGAACAGGAGGCUUGUUGAUGACGAUAGCCUGGAUGAUGCAAGUGCUGACGAAAGCGCACUCAAGAUAUCGCAUCGACUGGAUGACUGGCUUGCGUCGUUACCUCGGCGGAUGAGACUUAACGAUCGCAACUUCGAUGAGCAUGCGACGAAAGGUCUGGGCGGCGCCUACGUCGGUCUGCACCUGGGCUACCACCACUACGCUACAUUGCUCUACUUUCAGUACUUGGACUUGCAGAGACCGUCAACAGCCGUAUCAAAGGACUUCGCAGAACGGUGUAAGCGUCAUGCUUCAAGCUACAGCGACCUUCUCCGCAAGUCUCGCGAGACCCCUGGCUGCGAAGCCGUCUACGCCACAGUCGGCCACAUGACCGUGGUGUCGUCUUCUGUCUUGCUGCAUAUGUUGUUGUUUGGAAAAGAAGAUGAGCUCGAGGUGACACGGGCACUUUUGAAUACCAAUUUCAUUGCCCUUAUUGAGAUGAGGAACUUUUGGCCAAGCUUGGAGCGAAUGAUCACCCGAUUAUCGGCCUUUCAAAGUGCUUGCCUACAAUCAGCUGAUCCAAACACUCACCGUAUCGAUCGAUGGAUGGUGCGAUUCCUCCUGGAGCAUUCCUUACCGCUUGACGAACGCGACUGGACAUAUGCUGGACAGACGGGCCAACACAUUGAGAGCUCAACUGCCACCAGGCCCAUUCAAGGGUUUGUAGAGAGGGAGCAAUUCGUCAGCGAUGCAAUGGCUACCCUGCGGGAGUGA